CUCUUCUGUAUCACGACAAACACUCAGACAUGUCUUACGCUUCCUGUUAGACCAACAUCAUCCAACCUCUUUCUUGCCGCCCUCAAACCCACUGUUCUUCCCUCGACCCUGACCGGCCCGCAGCCCCACUCAUACCAACACGCGCCUCUGGACUUCCCACAUCGUCACGAUCACGCUGCUCAGAACUCCUCUGUGGUGGCUGCGACAUGCGUCGCUAUAAUAGACCAGGCGGCGGUCCGACAAUUCACGCUUCCAGAGUCAAUGGCGCCUCUUUUCCUGAUCCACUGACUCUGAUCCGAGCCUAUGACUCUGAAACCAACCCGAGUCGACCGAUCCGACCUUCUCCUCUCACGGCGUCUACCAUACAAGGUCUGCCUCUAGACCUGCUUGAUCGCCUGCGCUCUUUUCCUCUGUUCCAGCAAGCGCCAGACUCCUUCCUCCAAGCUAUUGGGACACACCUUCGACCGCAGGUCUACUCACCACACGACUAUAUCCUGACCGAGGGUGAUGAUGCGAAGGCAAUGUACUGGCUCGUGCGGGGCUCAGUCAGGGUCACUUCAAGAGAUGGCGAAAGUACGUACGCCGAGCUGAAGCCAGGCUCAUUCUUUGGCGAGAUUGGUAUUCUUAUGGACAUACCGCGCACAGCUACAAUCAUUGCGAAUAUGCGGUGCCUGGUUGUGCGACUGAAUAAGGAAGACCUGAAGAAAGAGCUACCAGUCUAUCCAGAGGUUGAAAGAGCUAUACGUGAUGAGGCGAACGAACGUCUGGCAUAUCUUGAAAAGAAGAAGAAGGAGAACAAGCUGCGUGCGCCUCCACCAGUACCUGCUCAGGGACUGAUUCGGAGCACGAAACGGCCAAGAGAUCGGGUAGAUGGCGACGUGGAAAUGGGUGAGGCCGGCAUGUUGUUCGAGGGUGAAGUCGUGAAUAUGUACAAGAAACGAAAGUCGCCUAGCCCCAGCCUGGUAGAAACGUCGUCAUCCAGCGCUUUGGCUACAGGAACUGUCUCCAUACGGCCGCUGCUGAAAGAGCUUCCACUAUUUUCGCGACUGCCCCCUGAAAUUCUCCAUUUCCUAGGCAUUCGCGCUCAACCUCGUUCGUUCCCGCCUUUCCAUGAGAUUGUCAAACAGGGCUCAACAGACCGUGAUGUAUACUUUAUUGUAAAAGGAGAAGUCGAGGUCGUAGCAGAGAGGACACCGAUAGCCAGCGAGUCGGUACAGUUGGAUCCAGACCAACAACUGCCGAUAACACGGCAUGUCAAGGCGCGUUUAAGGGCAGGUCAGUACUUUGGUGAAGUCACAAGCCUGUCAUUAUCACCAAGCCGGACCGCCACUGUACGAUCGGUGACUUCGGUCGAAUGCUUAAUGAUCAGCGACAAUGUUCUUAACGAUCUGUGGCGGCAAUGCUCGCCUGAUAUCCGACAACAGGUAGAAUCAGUGGCCAAGCAAAGACUACAGACUGCUUCAGAACCCGACGUAACCAUGUCAGAUGUGGUGGAGAACACGAUCGCAAUUGAUGAACUUGAAAUUGGCGACCAAGGUCCACGAACACCAAGGAAGAACAGCGUGCCAUUUGUAACAUUCAGUGACGCCGCAAUGGAAGCCCCCGUAACACCUAGCAAAUCUCGUGACAUGAUGGAGCCAUUUGAUCCAGAUCCAUUCCUGAAUCCGGACCUGGACAACAUGCGCUCAAGAUCACGGCGAAACUCACUUGCUCCUCCAACGCCAGCGAGUCCAGUUGCGUCGCAAUCAGCUCUCGCUGAAACGCCAGCAUCACCGAGUCCCAAGGAGGGGCGACGCGCACAACAGCCAGAGACUGGUGUCAGAUUACACCCUCCGCGACCGAGAUCGAGACUAAAGCGACGCUCGAGUCGAUUUGGAAAGGGUAUACUACCCGACAGCAUUCUUACUAGCAUCUUUCAGUAUCUAGAGUUACAUGAACUCAUGAGAUUACGCCUAGUCUCCCUGCAUUGGCUAAGAAUUCUUUCCUCGUCAGACGUCUUACAUUAUCUUGAUUUGGCCAAAUAUAACCGUCGAAUCACGGACUCGGUGUUGACUACAUCUAUAUGUCCAUUUGUUGGAAACAGGCCGCGUGUUGUAGAUCUCAGCAAUUGCUUUCAUAUAUCAGACGAGGGCUUUGCAACAUUAGCGGCAUCUUGUGGAGAGAAUGUGAAGGUGUGGAAGAUGAAGAGCGUUUGGGACAUUACCGGGCAGGCCGUUCUUGACAUGGUCAGCAAAGCAAAGGGACUGGAAGAGAUAGACCUCAGCAACUGCAGAAAAGUCGGCGAUAACCUUCUGGCAAGAGUCGUUGGUUGGGUAGUCCCAAACAUACCCCCAGCGGUCUUUCAGCAGCAACAGCAACAAGAACAGGCGCAGGCUCAAGCGCAUGCCAACCAGCGGAGAGGCAAACAUCAUCCCCAACAACAGCAACAACCAGUGCAACAACUCCCACCCGGGACCGUGAUCGGCUGUCCCAAGUUGAAGCGUCUCACACUGUCAUACUGCAAGCACAUCACGGACCGCUCCAUGGCACACAUUGCCAUCCACGCCUCCAAACGCAUAGAAUCAAUGGACCUCACACGCUGCACGACAAUCACCGACAACGGCUUCCACCAAUGGAGCGGCCACGCAUUCCCAAAGCUCUCCAGACUAUGCCUCGCAGACUGCACCUACCUGACCGACAACGCCAUCGUCUACCUCACCAACGCAGCCAAGCAGCUGCGAGAACUCGACCUGUCCUUCUGCUGCGCCCUCUCCGACACAGCAACCGAAGUCCUCGCCCUCGGCUGCCAGAACCUCACCCACCUCAACAUGGCCUUUUGCGGCUCCGCCGUCUCGGACCACUCGCUCGCCACCGUCGCGCUGCACCUCACCCAGCUCCGCCAUCUCUCCGUCCGCGGCUGCGUGCGCGUCACGGGCAUGGGCGUCGAGCAUGUCCUGGAUGGGUGCAUGGAGCUGGAGUUUUUCGACGUCAGUCAGUGUAAGAAUCUGGCUAGGUGGCUUGAGUCGGGCGGGGUGGAGAGGAGGGGCAGAGGGGUGCGGUUUGAGACGGUUACGGAGGGGAGGUGGAGGGGUGGUGGGCGGUGAUUGGUGAUUGGUGAUUGGUAGUACUGGUGUUGGUGUUGGUGUUGUUGUCGGUGUUGGUCCUGCUUGCGCUGUUUUGUCGCGGCAUGUAAAGGCGCUACGACAUAUGAGCUUAUCUAUCGGCGCGAGAAAAAGAAGGGGUUUUCUGGAGUGUUCUUUUUUUUGGGGGUGGAACGGGGGAACGGCAUACACUUAUAUAGAGAGCGGGUGAU